AAAAUCUUAACUCCCAUUCGGAAGAAGAAAGACGAAAGACGGAAGACGGUGGCUUCUUCACACAACACAAUUCCUAAUGCCUAUAUGCUCUUUGCUGUAAGCCCCAAAUUGCAAGUCCGUCUAUCUUCUGUCUGUCAUAGUCUUCCCUGGUCAUCUGCAACAAUUGCCCGAUAAGUAAAUUUAUUCAUGUAAAACGUAUGCAGUUAGGGUCCGAUUGUCCUUGUAGAAAUCCUAUUCGUAUUUAUCAUCUUUGAUUGGGCAACCCAGAAGAAUCGGAAUCAUCAGAUAGUUUGAUGGAUCUUCUGGCGGCGAUGGGCUCGUAAUGUUCUGGGAUUGAGAAAUGAAGGAUGGGAUUGGAAUCGGUUGGUGGGGUCUUAAUCUUAUUGGGCUUAAUUGGAGCAUCGAACAGGUCCGUCCAAUCGCUGAUUCAUCAUUCUUACUACAGUAAUAGCUAAAAGUGUGUUUGUUCUUGUUGUUGUUGCUGUACUUGUGUGUAUAUGUGUACGAUAUCUCCAUCAUCAUCUUCAUCAAUGGAGACUCUGGGCAUGGGCGAUUUCUGGGUCGGAGCUUGAUUUUCCAUUUUGGUCUGGACCAUGGAUGAGCUCAGCCCUAGUCCUCAAUCCAAAGACUCUGCUGCUUCUUCGUGGCGUCCCGGCCAGCUCGCAUUUAGUCCUUAUUCUACGCAGAGUGAAGCUGCCAACAACAAAUCCCAAUGUCUGCGUGUCCUUGUCAGGAGACCCUUUGUGGCAAGGCUAACCAAGGACUUAGUUGAAACAUAUCAAAUAUGCAAUCCACAGUUCAAGUAUUCAGAAGAAUUGAAUCCAAAGAGAUAUUUGACCACCCCUUCAAGUGGAGUACUCAAUGAUGGCUAUGAUAAUGUCAACUCAGAUCUUAUUUUGACUGUAAACUUUGUCUUGGUCAAUCUAGACACACAGCGAAGAUACAUUGUCAAAGAUGUUCUUGGCCAUGGGACAUUUGGCCAGGUUGCUAAAUGCUUGGUUCCACAGACUAACAGCUUCGUAGCUGUGAAGAUCAUCAAAAAUCAACCAGCAUACUAUCAACAAGCCCUGGUUGAAGUAUCCAUUUUGACAACGUUAAAUAAGAAAUAUGAUCCUGAGGAUAAGCAUCACAUUGUGCGUAUAUAUGAUUACUUUGUGUGUCAUCGUCAUUUGUGCAUUUGCUUUGAACUGCUUGAUACGAAUCUGUAUGAGCUUAUCAAGAUAAAUCAUUUCAGGGGACUAUCCCUGACCAUUGUUCAAUUGUUUUCCAAACAAAUUCUACAUGGGUUGGCUCUGUUAAAAGAUGCUGGGAUAAUUCACUGUGAUCUGAAGCCGGAAAACAUUCUUUUGUGUACAAGCAACAGUGUUAAGCCAGCAGAAAUUAAAAUUAUUGACUUUGGAUCAGCCUGCAUGGAAGAUCGAACUGUUUACUCCUACAUCCAGAGUCGUUACUAUAGAUCUCCUGAAGUUCUCCUUGGGUAUCAAUAUACUACUUCUAUCGAUAUGUGGUCCUUUGGAUGUAUAGUUGCCGAAUUGUUUCUGGGGUUGCCAUUGUUCCCAGGAGCUUCAGAAUUUGACCUCCUAAGGCGUAUGCUUGAAAUACUUGGAGGGCAACCCCCUGAUUAUGUACUUAAGGAGGCAAAAAACACAAGCAAGUUCUUUAAGUGCAUUCGGAGUGUGCACAAUAUGGAGAAUGGGGAACUUUCUGCAAAUGGAAAAAGUGCUUAUCAAGCAUUAACAGAAGCAGAAUAUGAAGCUAGAGAAUUGAAAAGGCCAUCAAUUGGGAAAGAGUAUUUUAAUCAUAUGAACCUUGAAGAAAUUGUUACAAACUAUCCGUAUAGGAAGAACUUGCCUAAGGAAGACAUGGUUAAAGAAAAUCAAAUAAGACUAGCUUUGGUUGAUUUUUUGAGGGGACUGGUUGAGUUUGAUCCUGCAAAACGCUGGUCACCUGUUCAGGCUUCAAAACACCCUUUUGUUACGGGGGAGCCUUUUACACGCCCUUAUAAACCUCCCUCGGAGACCCCUCGCAUGCCCGUUUCUCAAAACAUAAGGGUGGACCAUCAUCCUGGUGGUGGGCAUUGGUUUGCGGCUGGUUUAUCUCCGAAUAUUCCAGGCAGAAAUAGGGUCUCCAUUCAUAGCAGCCCACAUUUUCAGGUGGUGCCAUAUGCACAUGCUAAUAGCUAUGGCAGUGUAGGAAGCCAUGGUAGCUAUAAUGAUGGUACUGGAUUGGGAAGCAGCUAUGGAAGUUAUGGAGAUACUAGUAAUAUAUUUGCUUAUUAUUCCCCGGUUGGCCCUUCUGGGAUGAACAUGCAUGCACAAGGUAAUGUAUCAAUGCUUGGAAGUAGUCCGGACGCAAGACGGAGAAUUGUUCAGUAUUCGCAUGGAAAUGGACUUGGUAUGAGUCCUUCAGCAGGAAGCUUUGCUCCACUACCUCUAGGCACUAGUCCUUCGCAAUUUACUCCGCCAAGCUCCUACGGUCAAGUUUCUGCUGGCUCUCCAGGACAUUAUGGUCCAACUUCUCCAGCAAGGGGCAAUUGUCAUGGAUCACCUUUAGGAAAGAUGGCUGCUGUUAGCCAGUUUAAUAGACGAAAAAGUUGGGGAUAUCCUGGAGGUUCUCAAACUCAAGAAAGUUCAUCAACACAUUGGCAAGGGCAAGCUACUGAUGGCACCAGUUCUAGCCAAGCUGAGGGAAACUCUCAAAUGCUAGGUAGUUCACCAUCACAUCUGCAUUUAAGCUCGAAUGCUGGAAGCUGGAAGCAGCCAAGAGGAGGCAGUGGUAUUUCUGCUGGGUACUUAGCCCAGAACAUGCCAGCUUCCAUCACAGUUGGCUCCCAUAUACAAUUCACAAAGACCACGGGAGUGUCUCAUGAAAAGGCCGAGGCUAUCCAGUCGUUGCCUGAUCCUGGGGAUUGGGAUCCCAACUAUAGUGAUGAACUUCUUCUGCAAGAAGAUGGUUCGGAUGUAAGCUGCUUUACUGCUGAGUUCAGCCAAGGCAUGCAUUUUAGUUCUGCAGAGACAUUGGUUGGGUCCGGAAGAUUUAACCAUGCGCCAAAUUCAAGCACUGGCCCAUCCUUUCAAAGAAAAAAUGGACCCAUUCAAUCAUUUCCACAUGCAGAGGUGGGUAGCCCUCCUCCAACUACUGAACCACUUGCAGGAUACAUGCGUUUGUCAAAACCUUCUCAUUUCAUGCCUCACAUAUCACAAAAUUCUCCAAGCCGCUUGGGACAGCAAUAUCAGCUGUCAAAUCAUGGACGACCCACCAAUUCUCGUGGUAAUGAUUGGAAUCAUAUGAAGAUGCAGCCCCCUUCUCCCAAUUUUAACUCUGGAGGCCCACAUUCUCCAGGAAAUAGCUCAUUCAGCAAUGGCAUGUCAUGGGGGCAUAGAGCCAGUCAUCCCAUCACUAGCAUUCCACCUGCAUCUCGAGGAAGAAAGGACUAUGGAAGGAUUUCUUGAUGUUGAAAUUAGUUUUUUUACUGUGAAAAUCAGACCAUGAGAGCUGGCAAGAACAUUGUACAACUUGUACUCAAUGGUUCACUUAGCUAGCGGGCUCAUGCGAUGAAAUCCUCAGCCAGAUCAUGCUCACUCAUUGUGCUUGCAGAAUAUAAUUUGUGGUUAUUGAUUAUCUUGUCUUGUUUUAAUGCAUCUAGUUUUUGCUUCCGUCAAUGUAUUCAAUUUUCUCAUCUAUAUAUCAAAUGCCGGGAUUUUAAUUUA